AUGCGCCCUUACAAAUCCCCAGAACCAGCAGCAGCAGUGGUAGUUCAGGUCAGUCAGUCCAGUCAGCAGUCAUCCACGCAUCUAUCUAUAUUCCCUUUUCUUAAAUUAGCCACUUUAAGCUUCGCGAUACCGCCCCCAAUUUCAGCGUCGGUACGGAGCCGUCAGGCCGGGACAGAGACGGAGAGAGAGGCCUCGGCCAUGGAAGCGCUCGGACCAGGUGAGAGACAUUUGAAGAGAAAACAGAGAAGAAACGAAGCGAGGAGCGGGGAGCGCGAGCCGUGUGCGAGGCGCGUGUGCGCAAAUGCGUCGCUUCACUGGGGGCCGCGGCUGCAGCGAGGCCUCGACGCGCUGACGGGGAAAACAAACCCGAGGAGGCCCUGCCCGUGUGUCUGUGUGUGUUACACGCGGGUAUAUCAACGUCUGGGUGUAUUUUCAAUCGAGGGGACACGGUGUUUCGCGCGAAUACGAGGCGUGUUUGUGUUUUUAUCGGCUCUCCUCGAAUGUCUGCGCGGUUUUAUUUACGCGAAGCUCGUCGUGUCGGGGCUGGCAUUGUGUGUGUAUGUGUGUGUGUGUGUGUGUGAGUGGGGAUUUAACUAGGACCUUCCUUCCUCCUUCCUUCCUUCCGCGUCGUGGUGUGUUUACGUUGAUGUUUGUUCACGAUGUGCCCUCUUUUUUUUCGUCUACCAACCUCAUUACGACUCAUUUUUAACAAAGAGUCAACUGUAUCAUGUCGAAAUUUCGCAAUUUCUGCCUCAACCACGUACAUUUGUACCAUCGCCAUCGGGAACAGUGCGUCUCUUCGGGGGCUGCCCUCGUCCAAAGAUGACAGCGAUGGGUGGAAAACACUACAAAUACCGAUAAAACACAUGUUCGUGGCGGUAAAUGAGCAGGCGUGCGUGUUUUAACGCCUGGUUUUUAUGCGUCUAUGAGAGCGCAGCGGGGAUGGAUGGCGCUUUUAUCGAUCACAUCUGCAGGCCAGCUUCAUAUUACUCAUCUCCUAUAUGAUAACAAAGGCACUUAUUUGCAGCGAUGUAAUGAUACAGAAGGCGGGGAAACAUCAGCCACACACCUUUAAAACACCCGUAGACACAAUGCACUCGUACCGCCACCCUCUUUGUUUUUGCCCCAGUUUUCCCCUCAUUGAGUCAAACAGUCCUAAGGUUUGUUUGUCAAAUGCAGCUUGUGAUGCAUAUUUAAAGGGGUUGAAUUUACUCAGCAUGUCUGAAUGAGUGUUAAACAGAUGCAUGAGAGUCCAGAGGAAUGUUUGGAGACUAUCCACAGGUGCGUGUGAGCCUCUGUUAAUGCACUUAAUCACUGCAGGCCAUCAAGUUUGAAUGAAGUCUGCUACUUUCUGCAGGAUGGGAUAGGAUUUUGAUAGAGGUAUGUAUUGCAAAGUAGAGUUUUGCUUUUGCAGGACUGAUUUAUUCGCAUCAAUAAUGAUAAUAUGGAAAUAGCAAAGUAAUUUGUGUGUCCAGCGCUUAAAAUCCAGAGAGAUAUUGUUUAUUCGAUCAAAUAUACAAGAAAUUCACCCAUUUUUGGAGAUUGAAAAGGAAUAGGUAGAAGCUAUACCCUCAUUCCUUCCUAUUUCUUGACCGUUUACAUGUCUCUAGAAGUUUAGGAUUUCUUAAAUCGCCGAAAAGUAACCAAAGCUCCAAAGUCUAACAUGUAUAAGUAAAAAAUCAUUAAUACUGAGACAAAGACCACUAGGGCCUGACUGAUUUAUCCACAAGCCGAUUUAAUCAGCCAAUUUUAGUCCGAUUGAGACUAAUCGUAAUCGGCCGAUAUUUUCGGAAAUAAAAUGCGGAGAAUAAGAUGGUCCGUGUCAAUGGUAAAUAAACCAGUUUGUGAAAUACACAAUAAGUCAACAAGUUUUAGUUCAACCCACUUCACCAUGUUCCCCGCUGUGCUGGUCUCGGUCACGCCGAGUUAACAGUGAAGCACCAUGUAAUAUCCAAGCUAAAGUUAGAGUUAGCCAUCUGCUAUUAGCCUUGCUACACUGUUAGCCACGCCAGUAAUGGUAGAAUAAACAACUGUACACAUUACGUGAUCGAGCUACUUCUCUUACUGAGGCAGCGGCAUGUCUCCAGAUGAGGCCGGAUCGGAAAUGUGUAACGUGAGUUAAGACACGGAGGCACCGAUCGGCGCGAUUUUUUUCCCCCCUAACAAUCGGCAUCGACCCAAAAAAAAUCAUAUCGGUUAGGCCCUAAUACACGUAUACACACACAAAUAUGCACUUCAUAUAUGAAACUUCAAAUCUCCCAUUUGUAUCAAACCCAUAUACAAUAAGUGUGACAAAACAAAAAUCACUUAUACUCUGCUAACUCUAAUUCUCAUAUAAGAUUGAAUAUUUUCACCACGGUCAAGAGUUAAAUCUGGAGCACCAUUCAGCAAAGUGAUGCAACAAUCCUGCUGUGUUUCUUUUGUGAAGGUUGGUAGACAAUCUGCCAAUAAUACAGAGUUGGACUGUGUGUAUUAUAUACACCUCUGGGGGACAUAGUGUUCAGAUUGCACAUAUCAGCCUCCACAGGUUCAAAUGUAGGUUAUUUCCUUCUAAAUGUGUCUCUUCUUCUUCUUCUUUUUUGCAUUUAUUUCAGUGUGGCUGGAGUUUUCUCCCUCUGGUUGUUGACUUAAAGUGUCUUACAGGCAGUUUUUUGGGGAUUUUAUUCCCUCGUAGUUGGGGGAAGUGCAUCUGUUGGUUUCAGAUGUACAGAUCUCGCAGAAAAAAACAAACAUAUGCAGAGACAGACCUACAAAAGUUUACUCCUGAGUGAAUUACUAACACUGCAAACUCUUUGUUUUUUUGCUGCUUUGACCAUCCGAAUCUGAAAAUUGAGAAAAAUGCAGAUCAUUACUUCCUGAAACCAAAUGUUUUUACUCUGUAAGAUAUUCAGUUUGCUGUCUGCAGAGGCAAAGAAACUAAAAAGAGAUUCAUAUUUUAGAAGUCUUCUUGUUUGAGACUCGGGUUAUUUUACUUCAAAAACUGCUCAGAGCAGUCACUGCUUUGCACUAAAUCUAAUAUUUGACAACUAAAUUGAUGCAGCCCCGUUUCAAAUUUAUCAAAAAAAAAAAAAUCCCAGUUAUUCCAAACAUAUGACUCAAUUUUUCUGAAAGCUAGAGGCAAAAAAAGAGGCAAAAGCAUUGAUGAAACGUGAAAAUAAAUAAGAAAUGUGUUGUGAAUUUUGAGAGUUUUUGAUGUUAAUUUUUGUAAGAGUGAUAACAGACGCACUGAGGUUGUUUAAUUUGAGCAAACUACUACACUGACAGCUGGAAAGCAUCCACAGGCAUUUUGUUAGCGAUGAAGAUGGACUGCAGGGAUCAAUUAAUAAAUUCAACAUAAAUUGGCAAUCCUUGAAUCUUAGCCAAGAGUUUAAAAGCUGAAAAGAAUAAAUCUUCUCUACAUUUGACGAUGACAAAAGCCCAAUCUGUAUUUCUGCCUUUUCCUCAGUUAAGCGUAGUUUACCUUUUAAUCCAGGUGUUUUGCAGGUGUGGGCGUCUGUGCUCCUCGCUCAGCGCAGCUCGUCUCUGACUCACCGCAGGGCCGAGCCUUCAUCCUCAUGCUUAGCUUAAGCCCAGCUGUCUCUCUCCCUGUGGUUUCCAGGGACACGCAUGGCAUUAGUCACCUACAGCGCUCGAGCAGCAAAUGCAAGCAUGCGACACAUCAUCCUAUGGUUGUUUAGCCGAAGAUAAACAAAGAGUAGUAGUAGUGGUACCACUCGGGUGUCGGUAUUUGCUGCAUGUUAGCCGUCAGAGAUAAGUUAAUCUCACUUCCUCUGUGAUUCUUAGUCGAUGUGGCUCUGUGUCUGAGCAGAAGCAGAAGUUCUUUGAAUUAAAGCUUAAAUUAAAAAAAGUGUAGAAGCUUUUUCUCAAUAUGUAUGGCUCGAAUGGAUAUUUUUAUCGAGUUUAAACAACACGAACCAAGCGCAGUUUCUCAUAAAAUGCUCAAAUGCAACAAAAGGCACCAGAGAAGAUAUUUUCGUGAUCUUAUAAUCCAGAUUUUUAUCAAAUUAGAAGCUUCUUUUAGGCUACACCGAUACCCUUCAGUGGUUUCUGCCACAUCUCUUAGUUUUGUUUAUUUGUAGAAACUCUUGGAGCGUCAGGUGGACGGUCCUUGAAUCUUUGAGUUGUGUUGCAAAUACCAGUGUUGCUGUCUGUUUCCAACCCUCUCAAAACACCUAGACAGCAGACAUGUUGAAGCUUGUUGUUGGCGCGUACAAGCUGACAUGGUGUGCGCUUGGUGAUAUCAUGGGUUUGUGAUAUCUAACGGUCAGAUUCAGACUCGCUCACCCCUCCAAAGAGCCUCUUUAAGGCAUGAUAAGUGUGAUUCUCCAUCUGUUGAGGUUUUAUCAUCAGAAUUUGUAUUAGUAUAAAAUCUUCUGCUUGCUUAAUUUUCAGUGGCAGCUCAUGAAAUGGAAAAAAAACUUUUACAGCUACAUGCAGACAUAAAAAGGUCAUUUAAUUUAUACAAAACAAAAAAAGUUUCCAUAUUCAGGUGGUUAGAAACUGAAUGAAUGAAAUACUCCAUUUCUACCUGCAAUGUUCCUUUAAUCCGCUCAGACGAGUGUAAAUUCUCAUAUCUGCAGACACUGAUAUCGUGCUGCUUCCCAAGAAAAUCGACUGACUGAUUUGUGACUGGCCAAAGACGUUUCACUUUGAAGCUAAAAUAGAGAAAAUAUAAUAAUUCUGAGACAAUUGCAGAGCACAAGCGCACACUUGUGGUCUGAAAAACUCUGCAAGCGAUGUUCACUGUGGCAGAUUAAUUAUAGAAAUAAUCAUUCUUUGUUGGAACCUCAUUCAGAGCUGAAACAAACGGAGUUGAUUGGCAGAAAGUUAAUCUGCAACUGUCGAUUACAAGAACCCCAACCUUCCUGUUUUUUUUUAGCACAAACUCCUGAAGCAAAACAAGAAACGUAAAGAAGUCGACUUUUUAUAUUUCCUGACAUCACAGAUUUAGACGGAUUAGUUAAAAAAUAGUUGUUAACUUGAGCUUCUGAGCCGUCCAGCUGGGGUUGUUGUUAGUGUAGUUAACUUUUGAUAAGUAGACGGCUUACAGAGGAAGGAUGUGCUCAGGCGUUUCAUGAUGAGACACUCACAUUUCUAAGUGUGGUGGUGUGGCAGCUGACGACGCUAAAUAUAGGCACAGCUCUCUUUUUGGUGAAAGUGGAAGAGGAAGAGCUCGAAGUCACUGUUGCCUCUCUCUAUCACACACAGAGUGAAGCGGUUUUUGUUGUACCUGCUGUUGCACACGGCGAGCAGAGAGAAAAUAGAAAUCCAUCUGUAAAGUCACACAGUUCAGUACGCAGUAGUUUCUUUCUGCAGAGUCUUGGAAAAAUGUCUUCAGUAUUUUCUCUCGUGUGUGGCUGGAGCAGUGAUGGGUUAUUAAAAUAAUUCUGUUAUUGAUUGAGGGCUGCUUGAUAAAUAAUUCAGUACAUCGAGUCCCCACUGACUUCCCAUCAUACCAGCAGGUUGAGGGACUCAGUGAAACAAGACAUUUGAUCGUCAGUCCAAGCUAAAGAAAGUGAAGACAAAAGAUUUUUAUGUUGAGGUGAAAAUAAGUGAAACUUCCCUGUGAUUUUACCUCUUGUGAGCAGAUUUUUUCAGAUGAUUUGGUCUUUUUGAAUCAUUGCGUGAUUUCCCUGUGAUUGAUUUUGGCACAAACUUAUCUUAAAAUGAAAUAAAAAGAUAAAAAAUCAGAGGUUUUUCCCUGAUUUCUGCCACAAACGGGUUUUUAAAGACUCAGAUUGAACCCUGGUGUAACCCUGAGUCGCUGUAGUGCAUGAUUUCACCUCAUUCAAGCGUUUUUCUUUUAGUCCCUUUUUGUCAUUUGGAUUUAACGUAAAUUCCUGAUCAUUAAUUUUUUUUGUUGUUAUUUUGUGCAAAAUUUCCAACCGCUCUGUGGCAUUAAGAAGUGGCACCCUGCUGUGGUGCGUUUUUUUUCUAACGUUCCAUCAACCUCAUUUGUCUGCACCUUUACAUCUCUACACUCCGCUUAGUUCAGUUUCAUUUUUGGCCUUCAAUCAAGACUAAAGUUAUUAAAAAUGCUUAUACAUGAGCUUCUAUGAAAGUGAAAGUGCCUUUUCACACAUUUGAAGCGCUCUACUUGUUUCAAAGCUGUGAAUAUAUAGGGGAUGGGUCUGCUAAAGUCCAAGAUUGACCUCACUUAACCCCACAGAAACCCCAAGAUGGUCGCUCUGCGGCUUGUUAACCCUGUAGAGCUUCAACAUUCACUUUUGGAUCACUUUCACAAGCUUAUAUCUCAGCUGUGAGGAUGUGAUCUAGGCUGAAUACUUCUAUAUGAUAUAAUCUGUCCAGUUUUUUUUUAUUAACCAGAUUUUCCCAUAUGAUAUAAUCUGCACCCUUGAUUUGGUUAAUUUUUGUGAGGUUAAAACAGAAACAUGUACCUAAAGGGUUAAAGAUCGACCUCACCUAACCCUGUAUGUUUCCCACAUGUAGAGUCAAACCAGCAUUCAUAGUUUUAAAAAAUAUGGUUAUAAAGUUAUCAACCUACUGUACCUUUUGGGGUUGCACUGAUUAUUCUUGUUUUUUUAAAUAUUCAUCAGCAUGUAAACAAAAUUAGAAGAUUAAUGCUUUUUAAUCUCGUCAUAAACACCAUCAGAAUAAAGGUAUUAGAUACAACAACCUGAACUCCAUCUGAAUCGCAGCGCUCUUGAAAUGCUCCAGUGUGCUCGUGGAGAUGUACACACAAUGUUCAGCAUCACUCAGGACACUUUGUACGCGUGUUGUUUCCAUUGGUAACAAGGCCAGUAGGACAAAGUCGAGUGAAUCAUCAAAUGAUUUUUAGCGCAAGUCGUGACGGAGAAAAAUCACACAUCGCUUCAGAAAUAGCUUCUUAUUUCAGACUUUAUCAUAAACAGGUCGAUUUAAAGAGAGAUAGAGAGAGGAUGGUGUUUUUAAUGUGAGUAGUGAUUUGUUUGUAUGGCGAUGGAAGAGGAGGAGAAGGAGGAGGAGGGAGAAGGGGAGAUGAUUUGGGGCCCAGGCUAGAUGAGGGCAUGUUAGGAAGCGAUGGGGAGGGUCCCCGAUUGUCCGUGCUCUCGCGCUUCACUUGCUAACUGGAGCGUGUGUGGGUGCAUGGAGUUCAGGAGGACCCCCGCAGUCCCCUAGCUGUCAGUUGACAAAAGCAUUACCCAGCCUCCUCCAAGCCUCAGUCAAUACCACCAACACAAUGUUAUUUUAACUUUCUAUAUUUACAUUUCUGCCUUUUUAAUUGCGCUCCGACGUGGUUUUGUCUUUUGUCGUACUGUAUUUUUCUUUCUCUUCGGGUGUUUUUCUUAAUUGUCUCUCUGCUGCAUGGCAGGACAGAUCGAGCAGCAGAGAUAAGCAGGCGGUAAACCACAUCCUUCCUGAAAAUAUUAGUGUUAGUGUUUUUGUUUAGGAUACUAUCACCUGGUUACCUGCUGCAGGACGAGGCCUGCAGUCUCAAGCAUGUUCAGAAAAUGCCCGUCUCUGUGCAUGAAGACUAAGAGGUCGCCCCUCUGCCUUUUUUUGGUACCUGUGCACGUGAACUUGAAUGCACUGUAUGUAAUGUGUGUACGUGACGAGCGCGCGUAACGGUAAUCCCAGACUGCGAGGGGCUUCCCUCCAUAUGGCCCUGCUGCUGUCUGUCUGAGAAGAGCUCGCUCUUUGUCUCCGCGUGAGGGGUGGGUGCCCUGUGUGUCUGGGGUGGAGCUGGGGGCGGGAUGUAGGAUAAUUGGGGGUCAUUGUUCCGCCAGCCCCUUGUUGACCCAUACGGGUCAGGGGCCAGAGUUACGGAUCAAUCAAAGCAUGUAUGUGGGUCCGCCGGGCCAUUUCAGUGCAUUCAAGCAGGUGUCACUGAUGAGAUGGUUUGGAACAAGCUUGGCGUUGCGCCGCACGCAUUCUUCUUUACGUUUGACGUUUAAUGCAGAGAUAAGCACGCAAGCGCUCCACCCCAGCCUUUGUUCGGGUUCAAAUGAAUGCCAAACAUGUUUAAUAUGAAGCUUGAUGGUUUUUGGGGUUCAGCUGUGUCAAAUAAGGAUAUGCAAAGACAUUACCGGAGAGAAAUGUGUCAACAAACGUCCUUAAUUGAAUCUAGAAAUGAAUAGGGCUGAAAUAGGGCUGGGCGAUAAACCGAAAAUAUACCGAUACUGAAAUUUACAACAACAAACGAUGUCAUUUUGCCCAUAUUGGUAUAUUUGGUGUCAAAAAAAUAAAUAAAAGUUGUUUUUGGAUGUGUGUAGGUAGGCUAUGGUCUCAUGUCCCUUUUUAAGACGCUGUCCUACAUCUUAACAAAGAGGGAAAGACAGGUGAGGAGAUGGAGGACGGUGCAAAAGUUCUAGCAGCUAGAGCGGCGGCUGAAGUAGACGAAGUUAAUGUGGGAGGGGGUGAGCAGCUUGUGGAGAAGUUAUCAUCCAUUUAUCGUUAUCGAGGUGAACUGCUUAAUAUAUCGCGAUAAUGAUUUGAGACCGUAUCGCCCAGCCCUAGAGCCGCUAUAAUGACUCAGUCCUGUGCUGUCAUCAGUGAAAUUUUGCAUCAUCGCCAUUUAAGUCAGUUCAGUCACCUGUUGUGACUCAUACUCUUACUGGCAUUUGGAGGAUCAUCAUUUCUCUCUGUUGUCCUUCUUCGCAGGCCCGCCCGCACCAACCUCUCUGUUUCAGCCUCCCAGGCGUCCCGGCCUCGGCACGGUGGGGAAACCCAUCCGGCUCCUUGCCAACCACUUCCAGGUGCAGAUUCCCAAGAUUGAUGUCUAUCACUAUGAUAUCGACAUCAAACCUGAGAAACGACCUCGAAGGGUCAACAGGUAAAUAUCCCGUUACACCUUUAGGACAUGUGUAGAUAUGUUAAUUUUGAAUAGACUGUUUUUAUCUGCAAGAGGAUAAACACUGUAACCUGAAUCUCAGAGGAAAAAAAAGUGUUAAAUUCUAGAGAUUAGGGAAAUUGAAUGAUAAAAGAAAGAGGAGAAGCAGCUCUGUGUUUUUGAUUCACCGUCCGUCCUGCUGUCUUACAGGGAGGUGGUGGAUACCAUGGUGCGGCACUUCAAGAUGCAAAUCUUUGGAGACCGACAACCUGGAUAUGACGGGAAGAGGAACAUGUACACAGCACAUCCACUGCCAAUUGGACGAGACAGGGUUUGUAUUUCAGAGAGUUGACUUUGUCUGUGCUUUCUUUACCCGACGAAAAUCAGAAAUUCAAUAUCUGAAAUUAUCAGAUUAUUUUCAAAGUCAAUUAUAAAUUAAAAAAAACUUCUGAAGCUUUUGUAUUUGAUUGAUUGGGGCUCCUUGACAACCAACUACAGCAUAGCGAUGGCAUGGCAACCAGGUGAUACGCCUUCAGCUGGCCUGUAUUUUUGGGUCAGGUGCCUCUCCUCUCCCUCUUGGCGAGUUGGCCGGCCAAUCAAGAGCAAUAGUAUCAUGGUCAGCAAGCCAUUAAGUAGUUUGGCACUGUGGACAGGUGCCAAGUCCACAUCUUGACAAAGCUUGUCAGUAGAUAGAAGCAUUAGGUGAUCUAAAAACUCUAGACUCUGGACUUUAUAAAGCGCAGCGGACCCACAUCAGACCCUUUUUUAAACAUUUUAUUUUAUACCCAAUGAGUGAGGGACUUCCUUUUAGUCAAUGUCAGCGUCUUACUUAGCGUCUCUGUGACGGACUGGUCCUGAUUAUCCAUUCAGAGAACAGCAUUCGUACUCCUGUAGGAAGAGAAACUCCACUGUUUGAGCUUUGUGUGUCAGUGACCGCCACACACUGACCACACACUCUGUAAAGCCUCGCUCUCUUUCUGAUGAGCUGAUCCAUGACCUCAGGUAUUUAAAGUCAUUGACCUCUCUCUGGGCAGUGCCUCCUGUUAUUCUUAGAGAUGGAUGGUCCGGGAUGAUGUCCUCGGUUUUCUUGGCACGGAGCCUCAGACCAAGCUUGGCACGCUCUGGUCGCAGAGAUUCCUGCGCUGGCUCCACCUGCUCAGAUAGUCGGCUGGAGUCGUCCCAGUCUGUUCAAACUACAGCCAAAAAAGACUCAAAGAGGAAAUCAAUCACUGAGUGACUUUGAUAGAGCGGUGCAUAAAUGUUUUUGGCAUGUUAGAUAAAUAAAACCUCAGGAGGAUUUAUGAAGGGAGAAAUGGUUUACAUUUGUGUAAUGAAUUAGAAAGCGGCGAUGUUAACGGUCAAGAUCGCGGAUCUGUUAGAGGAAGGAUCAACCUGAAGUCUGUAGCAGGUAUCAGAGAGCAGUCCUGAGCUCUCUUACGGUCUGAUUUAUGACAGAAUCCCAAACAGCGUCUGUUUAUUGCAUUUCUGUGCAGAAAUUAUCUCGUGGUCAGGCUUUUACACCUUCUGUUUUCUGUGACUUAUGUUGCAUUACCGACUCUUGUAGUGAGUAUUGACAUUUGCCAGUUAAUUUCACUUUCUCUUUCUCUCUCUGUGAGUGGUUGGCAAUAUAUCAAACAGUGCGGUUGUUGCAGAUUUCCCCCUCGUGUGUCUCAGGGGGAGCAGCCCUGCCGCAGCUGUAAAAUCUGUCAUUCCUCAUUUCUUCUACUUAUUUAGUAGAGCGGACAAACUAAAGACCGCCUCACUUUGAUUUCUCUGCUUUUGCUGAUACUGGAACAUGUGGCUUUCUCAAUGAAUGGCUGCAGAGGACGUAAAGGAUGAGAAUGCAUGUUUUUGUUUGACUUUGAUAUUUGGUCGCACUUAUUUGAGCUGCAUUUAAAAAUACAGCUGAAGGAAGAUCAAGGCUGGGACUGCUAUUGUUCGGUGCAUCCUGUUAGAGCUGCAUGAGCAGGACGAGCUGUGCUCAGGUGGAAAUAAUCGCUGGGGUUGACUGAAUUUAACUUCUUCUUUAGCAUCAAAAAAGUCUAUUACUGUUUUCUUUGAUCACCUGUUUAUUUACCUUGAUUUGGUUCUGGGCGAAAAUUUCAGUUCAAUCACGGUGAUCAGCUGUGAGCAUGUUUACUCGAUCAAACAUAGUGGAAAUAUGCGUCACAACAGCCAAUCAGAGUCGAGCUUUCCCUGCUCACUUCUGUAAGUUGCCAGAGAAGUAAACAGAAUGACCAAAUAUGGAGCUUAGGGCAGCGAAAUAGAUGUCAGCCGUGACUUUGAGUCAUUCUUCGGAGAUGUCAUUCGCAGUUUAGUCACAACUAGCGGUUCAGCCACCAGACCAAAGCAACAAUCAAUCGUCUCAUCUACGUUUACAUCAUCUAAUGUUUACAUUUUAAGGCGUCUUCAUUAUCUAUGAGGGGGCGAUUUGUUUAUUUUGGGUCUUACAUACCUGCAGAAAUACUCAGGACUGUAAACUAGUUCACUGUUUUUUAUAUUUUUUUUAUCUUAUUCAAUUUUCUUUGUUAUUUACUUUGUAUGUAAAUAAAAUGUUGAACUAAUUUCUACUUUCUUUAGUUUUUAGUACAGAUGCUUUAAAACUGGCAGUUUAGAAAUAAAGAAAUGCUGAUAAUAAUCAAGAUUAGACAAAAUAGGAAAAUAUAUUGUUUUUAUUUUUUUGCCAAAUCGCCCAGUCCUACCUUGACUCAUCUUCUGGUUUCUCCUUCCCUCUGUUUCUUCAACAGGUGGACCUGGAGGUGACUCUACCGGGUGAGGGGAAAGAUCAGACGUUUAAGGUGUCCUUGCAGUGGGUGUCUGUGGUCAGUCUUCAGAUGCUGCUUGAGGCCCUGUCCGGUCACCUGAACGAAGUCCCCGAGGACUCCGUUCAGGCUCUGGACGUCAUCACGCGGCACCUUCCCUCCAUGAGGUACAAACACACACAGACAUCCACCCACAUCCACUGACAGUUAUUGCUUUUCAGCUUUUAUUUGUCCGUAUGAUUUAAUUUCCUGCUGUCUCUCGUCUUCCUGAUCAAACCAUACAAAAUAUAAUUAUUGUGCUGUGACUCACAGAGAGGCAGCAGCUUUUGUAGCACACGACCAAAAAUCAGAACCAUGGGGCGAUGUAACCUGAUGUGAGCGUUUCUAUCUCUGUUGAGUCUGAUUGGACAGUUUUCAAAAAGACCGCACACUGAAAAGAAAUGUAUUGACUGUAUUUUGUGACACUUCACUUGAUUGAAAACUUUCCAGUCACAUUUCAAACCCUUUCAAGUCUUAUUCUGAAAUAUUUUAUAUGUCAACUAAUUUAGAUCUCAAUCUUGUGGCUUUAGAUAUCCUGUGGACACUCAGGUUGUGUUGAUCUCCUAUGUUGUUGUUUUUUUACACUCAGGUAUACUCCAGUUGGCCGUUCAUUUUUCUCCCCACCCGAAGGCUACUAUCAUCCUCUGGGUGGGGGCAGAGAGGUGUGGUUUGGUUUCCAUCAGUCCGUCCGUCCCGCCAUGUGGAACAUGAUGCUCAACAUCGAUGGUAAGACCCGGUUUGUUUUUAAUCAUCAAAUUAAUUAAGUUAAUGAAUGUCUGACUUUGCCUGUAGUACAUUGCCCUGGUCAUAAGCUCUUUUCACAAAUGCAUAAAACCUCUGCAAACUAUCUUAAUCUAAAACUCUAAUUUGAAUUUAUUCCCAGGCUUUUUUCCGCCACCUCCCUGGUAACAUUUCCAAAUAUAUUAAUCUCUAUUUAUGUGCAAAUGCAGCAGGUAAAAGUCCAGAAAGGUCCCCACACUCCUUCAUAUGAUUUAUGACUGUUGUGUUUGUACUGUGGAAACAUCUUUUUACACACGAUGUUGUCAAAUAAACACAGAAACACCAGAACUAAAUAGUGAGAGACAAUCUCCUGCUGAAAGGUGCAAACGUAAAAGACACUUCCUGAAAUUAUGGAGCCUCAAAUUAUCAGGAAAAAGUCAGGAGGUUAUGGGUGAAAAUGGAAGUUAACUAUUGACUAAUGAGGUCAAUAAAGUACAAAGCAAAUCUCCAUAAGUAUUAGUAUUUCUGACUGAUCCCAAAGAUAAAACAAAAGUCCUUAAAUAGUGAAGGUUUUAUCCACACGUGCACAUGCCAGGACUUUUUUUUAGUGUAAACAUCUGUCAGCUGAAGUUGUAAAACUCAGUAUUUCAUAAGACCUUAAGCGAGUGAGGAGUGAGGAGGUUAUGGAGACAUCUAGACCGAAAACACAGACAGUAUAAUCCUAUGAGACUGAGUUUUAUAAACAUGAGUUUUGACGUGUAAUCUGUACUUAUGACGCUGACUUGAUAGUGUGUUUGUAUGUAUACACUGACUGUAAAGACCUGACACUGAAGCUGCCAAGAAGUUAUGGACAUUAUAGACCCGGUUUCCUGUUUUGAAGCUCUCAGUGCAAACAAAGGGAAAGGCAGCAGGGAGGUAACAUGAUGCAUAAAAGUAUGAAGACAAAGAAGGUGGUAAAGAGUGGAGAGUAAGUCUGCACUUGACCACAAACUGAAGAUGCCUUUUAACCUUUUUGAAAAGUCAUUUAUUCUGAACAUUUUAAAGAUGUUUUUUUUGGAGACCUCUCGUGUCUUUUAAUGAGGACAGAGUGGGGAAUGACAUAAUGACGUAAAGCAAAGGGCCAGCAGUGGUGCCCUGUUCCCUGAGUUUUCACAGGGUUCCUUCACAGUUUUCUAUACCCUACCCUUUUAAAAUUAUUUUUGGAAAUACCCACUUUUCUAUUUUUAGAAAACAGUAUUUUAGAACUUUGGUAAUAAUCUGGAAACAAAUAUUUUUCUACACUUAAUUUUUCAUUUUCCAUACUUUUUAAGACCCACAAAUUGAUCAAGUUGCUUCCAUACUCUUACAUUAGUGCUGGGAUGAUACGCUUUUCUCCCGAUUAGAUUCUUCUACGAUUUUUUUUUUUGAACUCUGAUCCAAUUUAAAUUGUGAUUCUACAAUAUUGUCGAUUUUCUUGAUUUUUAGUCUGCAUUUCUAACACCAGUGAAACAGUUAAAUAAUUAUGAUUGUCUACUGACUAUUCAAGGAACCAUAUUUUUUAAGAUUUAUUCUUAAAUCUGAAGAAAAAGAAGCAAUUUUUUGACAUAAAAAUCAAUUUUAAAAUUGUAAAACAAAAAAUCGUGAUACUUUUUUUUUUCAUCUAUACUUUCCACACUUGCGUAGGAACCCUGUUUUCAGGAAAUUCUCAGGAAAGAGGAGAGUCGUCCACUCUGCCCAUGAUUCAACUCGCCUGAUCUUAAUGAUUUUCUCUCUGUUCUCGCUCUGCAGUGUCAGCCACCGCUUUCUACCGCGCCCAGCCUGUGAUUGAGUUCAUGUGCGAAGUGCUGGACAUCCAAAACAUCAACGAACAGACCAAACCCCUGACCGAUUCGCAGCGCGUCAAAUUCACCAAGGAAAUAAGAGGUGGGCUCUCACUACCAGCACGCUGGGGUAAACCAUCAUAUAUCAAAACACCUACAUUUACAGACAGGCAUGCACAUAUUAUACACACACAUACACAUAAUUCUGUGACUCACUGUGUGUCUACACCACCACAGAGAUUACAGUGAGGUGUGGGCCUGCGAGGCACAUACAUGUUAGUUUUAAAGUAGCAUGUAAGAACGGUGGAAUCUACACCCACGGCUUAACCUACACAAAUGCUGAGCACUCAUUCUUUAACCCCAGGCUGACAAACGAGUGUCUCUGCAGUUAAAGUGUAUAAUACACCUCCUGAACACAUCUAUGCUUUUAUGCAAAUACAGUUUUUUAAUGCUUUCAGAGCCGCUCCAGUCUAUUUGUCCUCAUUUCAGUCACUACAAAGAAACGCUUAAUAAUCCUGCAGGAGGCGUAGGCUCUUUUCAGAUUUUCAUACACUCAUUUUGAACAGAUUUUGUGUCAUUUCUGCUGCUGUUUUUAUUUUAGAGAUACUUGAAAAAGCUUUUAUAGUCUGUGUUUUGAGUAGAGAUAUGACCUGAAAACUGUAAUAAUGAUUUAACCUGUCAAAGAUUUGAAGAUAACUCCUCCGCCGCUGCCUCUCGAGUGAUCCUCUUUUUGUUCGUCUUUCAACAGGUUUAAAAGUCGAGGUCACACACUGUGGUCAAAUGAAAAGGAAGUACCGUGUGUGUAAUGUAACACGCCGACCCGCCAGCCACCAAACGUGAGUCAGAUCCAAACGCACUCUUCAGCUUCCUCAGCCUUACACGGCAGCAAAGUCAAUGUCGUAUGUGUCGGCGCAAUGCUCCAUAAAUCCCGAACACUGCGAGACCUUAUAAAUAUGUAAUUAAUGUAACUUAAGUCAUAGUUUCCUUUUGUGUUUUUUCUUCUAUACCCCCGUGUGGACUUCUCUGUGCUUUGCCCACAAUUUUCCAUUUGUUCACAGGUUCCCCUUACAGCUCGAGAACGGCCAAGCCAUGGAGUGCACAGUAGCUCAGUAUUUCAAGCAGAAGUACAAUCUGCAGCUCAAGUAUCCGCAUUUACCGUGCCUACAAGUAGGGCAGGAACAGAAGCACACCUACCUUCCCCUGGAGGUGAGAAGGAGACGAUUUGAAGCUUUAAAAAAAACUUUUCUCAGCUCAAGCUUCAAUACAAAACUUUUUAUUUAUCUAUCUUUACCCAUCUUUUUGAGAUUAAUGUCGCCUCUUUCUGCUCUCUAGGUCUGUAACAUCGUAGCAGGCCAGCGCUGUAUCAAGAAACUGACAGACAACCAGACGUCCACAAUGAUCAAAGCUACAGCUCGCUCUGCACCAGACAGACAGGAAGAGAUCAGCAGACUGGUGAGUGUUGUUUCCCUCUGUGGGUCGGGGUGAGAAAAGCACCCAGCUCAGCUCUUUGUUUAACUCAGUAUGAAAUCAGAACUUCUCAACUCAUUUAGUGCCCCCAUUGACCGCAAUAGAAAUAUCUGUAUCUUUCAGGACCCACAGAAUAUCUUGUGCUUGGACUAGAAUUAAGUGCAAUUUCUCAAAAGAAAAGGGUGAUUCUCUUCACCAGAAAACAAAAAUUAGUCUUUAACCCGCUCCUGUGGUCGUAUCAUCUUUGCCGAUCUGGAAAAAGAAACAUGAAAAACACACUUUUACGAAGGAGAGACUUUUGGUAUUUCAUUUAACCGGUGGUAUCAAGGUCCUCCCUCCUCAGACACCACUCCUCAUCACUCUCAAGAUCCGAUUAUGAAAGGUCUCUUUGUGAUGGCUGGGAGACGUAUUGGCUCUCUAGAACCUGAUGCUGUGACGUAAACCGCACAGACUGCUAGCGUCCUUCUCGUUGAAUUCCGGCUCAGUCUCGCUCACCGGCGGCACAAUGACGCCGUAAAAUUGUUUCUUCGAUUGUCUGCUGACGAUGGGAAAGUCCGAUAAUUGGAUCUCCAUGGAUCCAGAGACAGUAGCACCGCGCCCACAGGAGCGGAUGUGCCGCGACCGUUUGGUCUCGGCUAAUAACUUUGGCAUUUUCUGACUCUCCUCAUAGAGAAAAAACAUUCCACAACUAGGCUAAUUAGCACACUUGAUGGCACACUUCUCACUGGCGAGUACUUAUUUUUGUUAUUGUAACACGGUUAUGACGUAUUUGUCAGCUCAGAACGACCCCAAAGUUAUUUGCAUGUUUGGGAGGAGCGCCCUCUGGUGGAAAGCAAAAAAACUGAAAAAUCUGUCAAUGGCACUGAAUGAGUUAAAUGAUAAAUUAGAAAGAAACAAGAUAAUCCUGCUCUGUUUUAUCAGAUUGUUUUGUGUGAUUUUCUUCUCUGAACUUCCUCAUAAAUGUUUUUUUUUUCCUGGUCCAAGGUGAAAAGUAACAGCAUGGUUGGGGGUCCAGACCCUUACCUGAAAGAAUUUGGCAUUGUGGUUCACAAUGACAUGACCGAGGUGACGGGCCGUGUUCUCCCAGCACCCAUGCUACAGUAUGGGGGCCGAGUGAGUACAGACACAGGGCGUGACUGUGGCAGGGUGAGUACUGGGAAAGGGUUCGCACUCUGGGGGCGCACGCAUGUUUGGGGAAUCACAGGGGUGAGGGGGCAUCACAGAGUGAGUGAUGGGAAAAGAGGGUAGAGAUCCUGGACUGGAGGGUUGAGUAAAACAGGAAGUUAACUACGACUCCCAAGAUGCUUUUCUGCAGUAACAAAGUUUCUAUUCAGUUAUUUGUGCUGUGAGUGAAAGGAGAGAUUUCUACGGAAGAGGAUUAGGGCCACAAGAAGAGACAGAAAUGAUUACAGGAGGGAGAUUUUGAGAUUAAAGAAGAAGUUUCAACUUAGUUCAGGUCAACUUUUAUCUUGAAAUUUCGACUUUAAUCUCAAAAUUUUUAUUUUUUUAUCUUGAAAUUUCAACAUUAUUCAGUACAUUUGUAAACCAUGAAAUUUUGACUUUAAUCUUGAAGUUACGAUUUUUAACCUUAAAAUUUCAACUUUAUAGACAUAAUUUCUUGUUGACUUUAUUGACAUAAUUAUGUUUUUAUCUUGAAAUUCCAACUUUAAUUCCAAAAUUUCUAUUUUACUGACGUAAUUUCAAUUUUUUAAUUUAAAUAUUUCUACUUUAAUCUCGAAAUUUUGACCUAAAUCUCGAAAUUUCAAUUUUUAAUCUAGAAAUUUUGACCUUAUUGACAUGAUUUUUACUUUUUUUAGUCUCGAAAUUUCAACUCUAUUGAUAUAAUUUCUUGUUUUAUCUCGAAAUUUUGACUUCAAUCUCAAAAUUUUGCUCUUAAUCUUGAAAUUUCAACUUUUAAUCUUGAAAUUUCUACUUUACUGACAUAAUUUCAGUUUUUUUAUCUCAAUAUUUCUACUUUAAUCUCAAAACUUUGACUUAAAUCUCAAAAUUUCGAUUUUUAAUCUCGAAAUUUUGACCUUAUCAGCAUAAUUUAAAUUUUUCUAAUCUUGAAAAUCUAAAUUUCAUCUCUAAUCCUGAAAUUUCGACUUUAAUCUCUAUCCUGUAAUUAUUAUUUUUCUCUUCAUGUGGCCCUAAUCCUCUUUCAUAGAUUUCUUUCUUGUUUUCAGUUGAGGAAGAAUUCAGCAGCACAUGUUUUUAGCUGAACCAGAGCAGCACAUGAAUUUUCUGCAGGGCUGAUUUACGUCUCUGGUCUCGUUUUUGAACCGCAGCAUUAGAGGACAAGGCAAGUUUUUUCAUCCAUCUGCAAUGCAGACGUGCAAAAACUGAAGCUGAUGUCGAUGUUAUUUUAUUACUGAAGAGAGAUAAAGUUUUUUAUAUGGAGUAAAAAAACUGAAGAUGCCAUUGAUGAGGAUGGGGAAGGGGUAAAACGAGGGAAAUGUCUGCAGAAUCAUCAACUCCUGCGCCAGACCUCUUAACACUCCUGUAAGAUUAACUGCAUCUACUAAACCAGGUUUUGACUAAAUUCAUGAUUCAACUUGAUCAUAUGCUGACCUGUCAGACCCGGAUCUCUCCCUCUUGUUGUAACCCUGAGGUGCAUCUUUGCAGGCUUUGGUCGACUUUCUCUCCACAGACACAGCUGUUGUGUUUGUGUCAGUGGAGCAGAGAGAGAGGUUUUGCAGACUGCUGGGAUUCACCCGCUGAAUCUCAAAUCAGCCGUGAGAAGUGUAAACUCUUUUAUGCACAGGAAAUGAUUUGCAUUUGAGGAGAAAAUUCACAGUUUUUGACACAAUGACUGAGGCUGAUUUGGGAUUCGAGGGUUUUGUGUGUACGGGGGGUACGAAUGCAGGAGGACGAUGAGACUCCUCGCCACCCAGCGUCAGAAUAAAACCAGCCAAGAGAGUCACUUUAAAAGCCUCUGCUCUGCUGCGAUGACUCCCAUCUGUUAUUACGGAGGUUAAUAUAAAAACUACAAGUCUCGGGAUAUCACUCCCCAUUCAGAUGGAGCCUUCAAUGAUUCUGCUGAGAUAAGAUGAAACUUUAAUGAAGCCCGUGGGAAUAUCGCUUCUCUCUUCCUCUGCUUCAUUUGCAGUUAUCUCACGGUAGAUUAUCACAUGAAAGGAAAAAAAAUCCCACAUUGGCUCUCUGAAGUUUAGGUCUGUUAAUUUACACAAGAUCCUAUCACAGCGCUCUCUCUCCCUCUGAAAGGCUUUACCACUUUGCCUGCUGGGAUAUGGAGUCUAAUCAGCUUCCAGUAAAACGCCCUUAAAUAUCGACUCUGAGCUUUCUCCCGUUCUCCAUGAUCUCUCAGUAUGAAUGAAAUACACUCAUCCCGCAUGAAAACACUGCAGCGUUUGUGUUCAUGCGGUUGCAUCGUGCUAAACAGGAAGCUGUUCGCUCCCCGCUGAUCACGCACGAUUUGUUUUCGUGUCGCUAAAUGAAAUUAGCGAUAGUUUUAAAGUUAUGCGACUUUGAUCGUGUCGAAGGAAGAGUUUUUACAGCAGGGUGUCCACAAACAAACUUUCCCUGGCGUCCCGCUCUGAGCGACUUCAUUGUGUUCACCUGGUUGGAAGAAGAAUAAAAGCUCCUAAUGGUAUUAUGAGAAUCUGAUUAACUUAAUUGAAAGCCUCGGCCCUUUUUGAAUUUGUAUUCACAACCGCAUUGAGUGUAGGAGCUCUCAUCUAAUGAUGCGUUCCUGAUACAGGAGUCCAUUAAACUAAGUAAAAACAGAGCGUUUCUCUGCCUCACAGUAGAGCUCUGUGGACGGUUAAUAAUUGAUGCACACUUUAAAUUCUUCUGCAGAUUAUAAGUAAAAGUUUUCCGAGUUUGAGAAUCCAUUUUCAUGUUUUUUAGUGUGUUUAGAAACUUUAAACAGCUGUGUCAGAGAGUAAAAAUGAAAGCAUGCGUUUAAGUUGUUGUUUCUGUCAUAUCGGCUCAUCAAACCGGGGGGUUCACUAAGAGGUUAGGGACUCUCUCCGCAGAAUAAGACCGUGGCCACGCCCAACCAGGGCGUGUGGGACAUGAGAGGGAAGCAGUUCUACGCCGGCAUCGAGAUCAAGGUCUGGGCCGUGGCCUGCUUCGCCCCGCAGAAACAGUGCCGGGAGGACCUGCUCAAGUGAGUCACAGCCUCCAUUGUGUUGUUGUUGUUGUUGUUAUGUCUGGCUUUAUUGUGAGGCUUGUCCCAGAAACGGGGAGUAGAGAAAGUGACCGAGCAAGACAAAGGCUAAGGAGCUCAGAGGCGGAGCUAUCAGAAGGAGGCCUCAUGGUGGGCGAAGUAUCUAGUUUGGUCCAGACCCAAAUAUUGCCAAGAUGACAAUAAUGAAACUUUUACAAAUGUUCAAAUUUGCUGGUUUAUGUGCAAAUUAAGAAAUGAAAACAAGAGACAUCCUGAACUUCGUCCGCUGCCUGAUCUGAGUGGAUUAUUUUAGUAUUUUAGUAGUAUUUCUUUUUCCUAUGAGAAACUUUUAACUACAUUUUAAAAAGUCUCUUGUCUCUGCUGAUGUCUUCCCAUCAUCUGCAACAGCGAUUGAGCCCAUCUGUGUGAAGAUAAACUAUUUCUAAGUCGUGAAAAUGGGGAACAUAAACGAAAACAAUUCACGGCACUCAGACCAAAGACGACAAACACGUUUUUUCUCUUUAUUUUGCACUGAAAACGCUCAUAUUACUGUCACUACACAAAUGGUGACAACAACGUCUUGCAGCAGGAAACUCCUGCAGACGCCGUGUGAGAAGUUCCUCCACACCGGAGAUAGACACGCAGAGCUGCUCUGUGUCACUAACCUCCCACCUUGGACAUUUUUUUGCCUUUUUUUAAUCGUAUCUUUUUAUCUUCCUUCGUCGCCUUUUGUGUUUUCCUCUCGUUCUCCCCUCUCAUCAUUCAUUUUUUCCGCUCCACAAAACCAAAACGACGCUUACCAUAUUUUUCGCACUAUAAGGCGCACUUAAAAUCCUUUCGGCUUGUCGGAGCACUGCAGUUACCGUAGCCCCACGGAGUUAUUGACUGUUUUGUUUGGCUUAAUGCACUUUAUAAUCUGGUGCGCCUUAUGUAUGAAAAUAGACGCAAUAGACACGUUCAUUGAUGGUGGUGAUGGCCCUAUAAUCAGGUGUGCCUUUUAGAGUACGAAAAAUACGGUACCCCUCCUUCUACCGUGAUGUCGUAAGUACCUUGCGUCGCCUUAAAAAGAAUAUGUGCAAAACAGUGACGAUUUGAGUUUAUAAACGAGUACUUAAAGCAGAGAAAAACUCGAUUGUUUUUUGUAAUCGAGGUACUGGAGGAAUCGUUUCAGCCCUCGUGCUUUUGCCAAACUAAUUGGUUACACCGCCUCCUAACUGUGCCUGAGCGGCGACUGAAACCCAAACGUUAUCGCCACUUUCAGCAGACCAAGGCUGCUUUUAUGUCCGUGCCAGUUCUGCCCGCUCCAUCUCAUGGCCCCUACAGCUACAAGGUUGAAAUGAGCGCUUCUUUCUACCAGCUCCAGCAUCCUAAAAUGACUCGAUUGCAUUAUUUAGAGGUUGUCUGUCUCCCCCCUUAUUCCGCUCGUUUUUUAUGCUAUCUCUUAAAGGAGCUUCACUGACCAGCUGCGAAAGAUCUCAAAGGAUGCUGGGAUGCCCAUACAAGGACAGCCGUGUUUUUGUAAAUAUGCCCAAGGAGCGGACAGCGUGGAGCCCAUGUUCAAACACCUCAAGAUGUCUUACGUAGGUCUGCAGCUGAUUGUGGUCAUCCUGCCGGGAAAAACACCCGUCUACGGUAAGAAAUCUGGAAAAAGUUAAAUCUAUGGAUGGAAACGAUCAGAGAUAAAUUUAAUCGACGAGUUAUAAUGGGGUAAUUUGUGACGUUUAUCUUCUUUUUGGUCUCCAGCUGAGGUAAAGCGCGUGGGUGACACUCUGCUCGGCAUGGCCACCCAGUGUGUGCAGGUGAAGAACGUAGUGAAGACGUCCCCUCAGACCCUCUCCAACCUGUGCCUCAAGAUCAACGCCAAGCUGGGAGGAAUCAACAACGUCCUGGUGCCUCAUCAGAGGUCAGCGUGCAUCUGGUCCACAACUCGGACUCUGGGUCCAGAUGAGAGUCUGGAAAGCUGUUUGGGUUUUUUGGGCGUUGUGUGGAUAUUUGUGUAAUCAUGUGGUACAGAGCAGUCCAAGUCGUAGCACAAUUAUCUUGAAAAUUUCGCUGUUCCUGGAAAUAAUUUAUUGAAAUUCUGAGAAUCGGGAUAAUCGUUGCUUGAUGACACUUGGAUCAGAACAUAAUCUCCUUCAUAGUUUUGCAGAUGGGUUGGAAAUAUGUGUAAUUCUUUAAUCCUUCCUCUCUCUGUUUGUCUUUUGUUUCGGUUCAGGCCGUCCGUUUUCCAGCAGCCUGUCAUCUUCCUCGGUGCCGACGUCACCCAUCCUCCAGCUGGCGAUGGUAAAAAGCCGUCCAUAGCAGCAGUGGUGGGGAGCAUGGACGGCCAUCCCAGCCGCUACUGCGCCACGGUGCGGGUCCAGACAUCCAGACAAGACAUGUCCCAGGUAACGGCGAGCAGCGAGGUCAAGCGAGUCACUUACAAACCUUUCCUUGAGUCAAACUGAUUUGUUGUUCUUCUUCUUCUGUCUUUUUAGGAGCAGCUCUUCAGCCAGGAGGUGAUCCAAGACCUGACCAACAUGGUGCGGGAGCUUCUCAUCCAGUUCUACAAGUCCACACGUUUCAAACCCACGAGGAUCAUCUAUUAUCGCGGCGGUGUGUCGGAGGGGCAAAUGAAACAGGUUCGACAUUCACAGACCUUCAUUUUUCAGGAAUAAACAGCAGCUUUAAAACGUUAAGAGAGAUUGUGAAACAUGUUGCUGAAGGGUGUGUUUGUCUUUUUGUGUGUUUCCAGGUAGCGUGGCCGGAGCUGAUCGCCAUCAGGAAGGCCUGCAUCAGUCUGGAGGAGGAUUACAGGCCGGGGAUAACCUACAUCGUGGUCCAGAAACGUCACCACACUCGUCUCUUCUGCUCGGACAAAGCUGAGAGGGUCGGUUCACUGUGUUUUGUUUUCACUUUGCUCUUUACUGUUAUUGAGUCGCUUUAUUAACGGUUAUCAAUCGCGGCCUGCAGGUCGGUAAGAGCGGUAACGUCCCCGCAGGCACCACGGUGGACAGCACCAUCACACACCCGUCCGAGUUUGACUUCUACCUGUGCAGCCAUGCUGGGAUUCAGGUGAGGGAGAUACACUUACUCUUAAAAUAAAUUAUCACAAACUUUGAGAUUAUAAUGCAAGUCCUCCUCUUCAAUUCUGCUCUGUGGUUUCUGCUGAAAUGAAGCUUAAUGACCAGAAACGGCAUGACUGGAAUUCUCCUUCAACCCAUGAAUUAGUUUGGCUCUUAAUUAAGAUCGUAAACUUCCCAUCAAUCAUGUUCACAUCCUUUAUUUUCUCUUCAUCCCAUGAUGUUAUUAUCAGUGUAUUAACAUGUAUCCCAUGGCUCUCUUUUUCCUCAGGGGACCAGUCGUCCCUCCCACUACCACGUGUUGUGGGAUGACAACUGUUUCACUGCCGACGAACUGCAGCUCCUCACCUACCAGCUGUGCCACACCUACGUCCGCUGCACACGCUCCGUCUCCAUCCCAGCGCCGGCUUACUAUGCCCGGCUGGUGGCUUUCAGAGCCCGCUAUCACCUGGUGGACAAAGACCAUGACAGGUAAGGCGCCCCGGGAUUCCUUCGGUCUUAUUUCGAAUACAUAUCUUAGCAUUAAAGGCAUCGUUGACGAUCGGAGAAGCAGUUGAAAAAAACUGAGUCAGAGCUCCGAGGAGGGCCGGGAGAGUGGGAGGGGACGAGUCGGAACUACGAGAGAGGGGUGUGUUGAAUACAGCAAGGUGAUUGGAUGGAGAGGCGGAGCAGGAGAUUGACCAAUAGGAGCUGUCCGGGAUGGAUGGCUCCCAUUGGUCAUUGUUUUUGCAGCCCUGCACCUGCUCGGGUGAACGGAUUUUUUCCUUUUUUUUUCUUCACUUUGUGGAGAUCGCACUAUAAAAUCAUGAUCGCCAUAUAAACAAGGUUCAUGAUAAUCACCAAUCUCUCCAAUCGUCAACCAUGCCUUUUAAACCUUGAGGGAGAAAGAGAACGUUAUCAGAACUUCUUCAGGUCACUCCAGGACCGUGUGUGUCCAGAGGCAAAAGACUGACCUCCAGAUCCCGGCUCUUGUUUUUUUUCUCUCUUUUUCUCGAAAUGAAUCCUCCUCUCUGUGUCUUGCAGUGCUGAAGGCAGCCACGUGUCGGGCCAAAGUAACGGUCGGGACCCUCAGGCGUUGGCUAAGGCGGUCCAGAUCCACUAUGAUACCCAGCACACCAUGUACUUCGCCUGAGCUGGCGAGGACGUCAGCCAGUCCACCCUCAGAUCCCUUUUUCUUUUGUCUCUCUUUCUUAUUUGCCACUUUGUCUCUCUCUCUUUCUCUCUCCUUCUCCCACAUCACUCUCUCUCUAUCUCUCUCUUCUUGUAGUCUGUCUCUUUCUCUUCACACUCAUUCUACAUUUUUCUGAAUCUGCACCAAAGCGGCUCGUGGACGGGGAGGGGAGAACCUGCCGCGUCUUUAACGUCCGGCGGGUUUUCGAGUUUUUUUGUGUUUCAAGGAACAUUUUCCAACCAGCGUUCCCAAAAACCGAGCCGCCUUUCAAACCAGCAAUCCAGCACUGUGAACCCCGCGGGGUUUCCAAUGCACAAAAGAAGAAACCGAAACAAACCAUACACACAUACACAUAUAUAUUACAAGUUGAGCCAUUACUUUGAGUUUGUUUUUCUAUGUGAAUGUCUGCACUCUUGUGUUUGUAAGAUACACUGAGCAAGGGAGUGGAUUGGCGCAAUCUGUGUCAGCGCAGCUCUUUAGCUCUCCCAGCUAAGCAGGACUCUUAUCUACUUUUACCUCAAAGCCCCUUUGGGCAAAAUCUGUCACAAGGUCUUGGGUUUAUUUGGGUGGCGGGGAGGGAACUCUACAGGAAAAGAGACGGAGGGGAGUCGACCUUUUAAGAAUGAUAUAUAUAUUUUUUUCCUUUUUAUGAGCGUGUGUUUUAACUUUUUCUCCUUUUACCGUCUUUUACAAACGAGGUGACCUGGGUGUCAUGCCCAUUACUACUUUCCUCCCAUCUUAGCGAAAAAACACCCAAGUCUUUUUUGUGCGAGUAUGUGUGUGAAUGUGUGUGUGAAUGUGUGUGUGCAUCUCUGUAUAUACAUGUUCUGCUGUAUGAGAGUGUGUUUGUGUGCGCACGUGUGUUUCAUGGCAGGCCACUGAAUUGUAAAGGGAAAUCAAGGAGAUAACUGCUGUAAAUGCCUCAGAUUUGUUUUUAUAUUCACACAUACAGUACAUAUAAGCAUAUAUUUACAUCUAUAGAGCAACUUUGAGACAUAUGACUAAAAAACAGGCCUCCCAGAGGCUGCUGUGGGUAUUUGUAGCAGUCCUGAAUCACUCGCUCACUGAGAUGCUUUGAAUUAGACGUGUUUUAGCUCGACGCUACUUCUCAGUCGGAGGGAUUUGCACCAGUUUUUUGUGCCUGAAAACAUCCAGAAUUUCCCAGACUGAGUAAUUCAAAGUAUUUCAAGUGUUGUAAAGUGAGUUCAGGUCUGACGUGUAGCAGUAGUAACCGUGGUCUGGCCUGUGACUGGCUCAGCAUUGGGACCUGUUAAACGGCUGAAGGCAUCAAACGCAGAGUACGGUCUUAUCAGCCCUUUUUUUCCUGCGUGAGGAGCAGGAUCUUAAUUUUCUUUGGACCUGAUAUUCUGAAAGAUUUUAUGACGACACUGCUGGACGUUGCUUUUUGUUUUUUUUUUGUUUUUUUGUUUUUUUUGUUUUGUUUUUUUCUCUCUUUUCAUUGUAGUUACAAGGGCCGGAAACCAACCUAGUUUUGUUAUUGUUUUUUGAGGUCUCCUUUGCUAACUGGCCAAUUCAUUGCACUGACCCGGGACGCUAGGCAAGCAACAGAGGGCACUCUCAAUCUCUCUUACCUUUAUGCAUUUAUACAUACGAAUCAACAAAGCAGAUUUGUAAAAGUUUAAUAUAAGAUGUUUUGUGGUUAUCUAAAAAAAAAAAAAGAACUGUUGUUUAGAAUUAGUAGUUUACCAUUGAUGUUGUUGUUGUUAUCGUUGUUGUCAAUGUUGUUACUAUUGUGAUGAAAUUUUAAGGUCGGCGGCAAAGCCAGUUCUAUAGUUACUAGUGCGAUUCAGGAAUAGAGUUGAGUUAUCGAGCUGCAGGUUUGAGGGGUAGAGCUUUGGUUUGGAAAAGUUUUAUUUUGUAGCAUUUCUGGAAGAAGAAGAAGAAGUCAGGCCCCGAGACGAAUGAUGAGUUCAUGCUUCCUCGGUAGGGUGGGAGAAGAAUCUAGCGGCGGUUUUUCGAGGGAUCGUGUAGCACUCCAGAUCUGCCGCUGGUGCGUCGCUCGCUCAGCUGGCGUCUGUUGGACUGAGAUCAGAUAGAUGGAGACAAUCAGGGAUUGUAAUCAGAGUGAACCUAGAUUAAGGGAUUUGUCCUCAAGCGGUCUGCGAUAGGCAAUGAGUUGAAUUUUUAGACUUUUUAAAAAUGGUUUCUAUUAAUCUGUGUGUAUUUGAAGUAUACCCAUCUUAAAGUCUCUUAAAGCUAUUUGACGGUGUUUGUUUGAUAUUUUUAUGCAUUUUUAACACUGGAUUAAAUGAAUUGACAAUAAGCAUAAGCACUGCCCUUGGACCCCCUGUACAAACGCUCAUCAGCAACCGCUCUGUGGCGACAGUUGCAUGCGUGGUGCCCCCUGGUGUCGGGAUAAGAAAACCGCAGAGUGGGAUUCGGCGAGGUGGUCGACGUGCACGCCUCAUCAGGGAGGGCCAGCUCAGUAAAAACGCUUUUGUAAUAAACCACCCGUAAAGCAGCAGGUUUACUAUGAAUGAGUUUGAGCACCCACCUGUUGGAGGCGUGGGCGUUGGCGUCGGCAGGGAACAUAGAGGGGGGGGCGGUGAGGGGAAGGCGAGGGGGGGGGGGAUCGGGAGGGUGUUGUCCAGGCAUUGCAUGCAAUAAGUUAUUUUUAAAAGGGCCGAUCAGAUUUUCAAACGUGCACUAGAUUCAACAGGCUGAAGCGGCUGAGAUUGAAUUUUCAUCUGGCAUCUCUUACUGAAGAACGGCUUUUUUAACCUUCUCUAAUAUAUAUAUAUGAUCCUUCAACUCCAGUCUGAGAAAUGAUCACUCCCCAUUUAUUACAUUGCAAAGCAAUAUUAACCCACUUCUAAGUUUUCAAAUGUGGAAAAACAAAGCUAUAAUUCUACUCAUUGUGGUUGUUGGUCUACUUUCGCAAUUGUGUCUCUGUACUUUUUUUAUUUUUUUAACUUUUAGUUCAUUUUAUUUGCUUGUAUCAAUCAGUGGGAAUGUGCAUUUGGUGGAAUAGUUACGUAGGCUUUAGACAAUUUUCUUUUCAAGUAACAAAAUGUAGACUUUGCUCGCCUGCAUGCCAGAGUAUUGUCCUUUUUGAAAAAAGAAAAAAACACUUUUUGAAUCAUAUUUAUUAUGAGAAAGAAAAAAUAUAAACGCUUUUUUUUUUUUUUUUUUUUUUUCGGGUAAAUGUUUCUGAAUUUUAGUGGGACUGUUUUAGGCUAGCAAUAUUUGUCCAGUCUCUCCAAGACGCAUUUUAAAGAUUCCUACACAAAUGUCAGUAAUUUGGAGGUACACUCUGUCUCAGGAGGGGAGGGGGCUCGGAUCUUUGUGCUGCGUUCAAAUCCAAACGAGGUACUUUCUUCAAACGUGAACGGCAUCAAAGACCGGACUCCUCUCCUCCUCCACCAGGUUACCGCGGGGAGCAUCCACUCUUGUCUCCUUGCUCCUGGUUUGUACCUGCGGCCGCACCUCCGGGUGUAGGCUCUCCUUUCUCCACGGCAACUCUGCUGACCCUUCACAAAUGCACUUCCUUUUUGUGUCGGGGUCCUCAUGGCAUCAGAGGAGCAGGAUUACCUCUUUUUAACCUUUUUAAAAAAAGAUCCAUAAUUCUUUCUGUGCCCCGAUAGAAAGAGAGCAUGAAUUAUUUUUCAAUUCCUCUCACUUUGAUAUAUUGUUAUAUCUUAACGGAUUUGUAAUUUGACAUUGUGUAUUGUGUAUUUUAAUUUUGUUUUCCCUUUUUCGGUUCCUGUUUUUUGGGGGGAUUUGUUAUAGCUCUGCUCUGUUUCUUUUUUUGUUUCUGCUAGUGGUCUCUGAGCUGUGUGUGGUUGUCUCAUAGCAAUAGAACCGCAGAGUUGGAACAUUCCGGUUCCAUGAAUGGAACGUUCUGAUUCUGUGAAUGAACGGAACCCUUUCUAACCAGUUCUGAAAGGGCGGGGUUAUGUUCUGGCUCCGCCCCCACCCCCAGCAGAGGGCCAUUCACUCGCUGUUAUUGCUAUUAUGUGACAUGUUCAAAUAUAUUUUUUUUAGCCUGCAGGGAAUUCUUGUGUUAAUGUGCAAAGUAAUAAAUUGGUAUUUUAUGCCCAUGACAAAAGCG